CAAAUUUCAUUCGACCAGGGGUAAUACAGGGAUGCUUGCCGAUCGAGAACAGAUUUCGUGUUCGAUCGUUUUUGCAACUUCCCCCGUUGCGUAGCCCAACAGCGCCGGAUCGCCAUUUGGCCGACAACCUCUUCGAUGACGCCGACUAAGGCCAUUACAGUCAGGCACAAUGGACGGCGGUGACCCUGCGGUCGAGCCCCAGCUCGACUCGUUCAGCCUGACAUUUCCGCUGCCCUACAGAGUCGCCUUCCUCAUCACUCUGGCCGUUUGGGGAUGGGGUUGCAACCUGCAUUUUCUUCACCUCCGCCGCAUCGACGUGCCCUUUCUGAUCCGCUACCCGAGUCGCGCCAGCUCGUCACAACCAACCCACCACUCCUCGACCUACCGCUUGGCCGCCUUUCUCUCGCUCACAUCGACGCUCUCCAUCGUCAUCUUUUGGCUUCUCACCCGCCGAGACCCGCGCCGCGUCAUCGACUAUGACUGGCUGCCCAUGACCAACCUGCUCGUCCUCGCCGUGCUCUUUGUCCUCCCCCUCCGCCGCCUUUCCGUCUCCCACACAGGUCGCAGCCGCCUGCUCCGGACGCUUCGCCGCGUUGCGGUGGGCGGCAUUGCCGAGACCAAAGAUGGCAAGUUUGGCGACAUUAUACUGGCCGAUGUCUUGACGAGCUAUGCGAAGACCCUCGCCGACCUAUUCGUUUGCAUCUGCAUGUUCCUCUUUACCCGCGAUGGUUCUGCUACUGCCAGGCCCGACCGGGGUUGCGGGGGUGCCGUGCUCGUGCCCUUGAUUAUGGCACUGCCGAGCGCGAUCCGUUUGCGGCAGUGUCUUAUUGAAUUUGGGCGCGUGCGCGCAGCACCAUAUAAGGAAUCCACGGGCUGGGGCGGGCAGCACUUGGCUAACGCGGCCAAAUACGCGACGGCCUUUCCGGUGAUUGUGCUCGGGGCGAUGCUGAGAAACCAGCAAGACGGGUCGCCGGGCCUAUAUCGCGCGUGGGUGGCGGCAUGUUUGCUCAACUCGCUGUAUAGCUUCUACUGGGACGUGGCCAAGGAUUGGGAUUUGACCCUCUUCUCGAGCGAGCGGGGUUCGCCCGACCAUCCGUUUGGACUGAGGAGAACGUUGCUGAUACACAAACCGGGCGUGUAUUACGCCGUGAUAGCGCUGGACCUGGUGCUGCGAUGUACGUGGAUGACCAAGCUAAGCCCGGAGAUGGAUCGCAUUAGCGACUUUGAGAGCUCGAUAUUCCUGAUUCAGUUUCUAGAGGUGUUCAGGCGAUGGGUGUGGGUCUUCUUUCGGAUCGAGACCGAGUGGAUUCGGAACUCGGUCCCCGGGUUGGGAGUGGACGAUAUGGUUUUGUUGGGCGACUAUCAAGGGAACAAGUACGAGGAUGAGGAUUGAACGGCCAUGUCUUUGGUGUUGGGGUGAUCCGGUGGCUGCUUAGGAGUCUGGAUAUAGAGGUCUAUUUUAACGAUGGCAUGUGUGAGUACAUUAGAGGGGGCAUUCAGGCACCCGUCGGCCGCCGCAUGGGGCGAAUCCGGUCAUCUGGAGGUUAUAGACUAAUGAUUCAAGCAUGUAGAGCGAAAAACAUCUCUGUCGACAUCUGCUCGCUCUCUUUUGCUCAGGAUUGCUUUGAGAAUGCG